AUGAAUUCAAAUAAUCAGCUUGACAAAAAUGUAUUAAUGAACGCUAAUGAAUUUAACGAAAUUCCAAACAUCGCUAGUGAAACUACAUAUACAGGCAUUAAUAUUGUAGAAAAUAAACAAAAUAGUAAUAGCGACAACGUCAACGAUGACCAUGAUGAGAUUGUGCCAUGUUCAUAUUGUAACCAACCUACUUAUGAAGAAUCUUAUAUCUUACUUUCUUGUUUGCAUAGAUAUCACUACUCUUGUGUUUUAAAUAACAUUACCGCUAUUACACAAAGUGGAGAUUUUAUGAUCUGCAAGGUUUGUGGAUUCAAAUCAGCUGUUUUGGGAAAAACUGGAGCUCCAGUAGCUCGAGAUUUAAAUUUAAUCUCUUUAAAAAAUAGUCUAGGUUCCAUACCAAAUGGGUCAUGUUCAACUUGCCAAUUCAGAAGUUCUACCAUCUACUGUAUUGAUUGUUGCGAAGGAUUUUGUUCAAAGUGUGUAAAGGAAUUUCAUAAUAGUGUUUCUACACUCCAAAAUCACAUAAUCAGACAACUAGAUAUAAAUAAUGAUGGCGAUACAGUUCAGGCUAAUACGGCGAUCGAGCUUGUUAAAGCUGCAAAAGAAGAGAAGAUUUUGUCUGGAAUGAAUGGCACUGAAAACAAUAUAAACAUGAAACAAACUCAAAAGAAAAGAAAACAAUCAGCAGAGGAAUAUUGUGUUGUACAUAAGCAAACAGAGGCAAAGUACUUCUGUUUAACAUGCGAGCACAAUUGCUUUUGUGAAGUUUGUGCAACAGUUGGUAUGCACCGUGAUCAUAAGGUUUUAAUGGCUAAUGAAGCAAUAGAUUGCAUAAGAGAUAUUCUAGGGAAAUUCCAACAUUUUGCAAUUAAACGUAUUUCUGAACUAGAUUCAGUACAAGAUUCAACAUCUGAAUGGAGGACACAACAAAAGUCAUUUCUUGAAGAAGUGAAACCACAGCUUGAAAGUAACUCAUCCCAGGCUUGCCAAAUAUUGAAUGAAAAUAUCAGCAAAUUUAGAAAUGAGUUAUUAAAAGAAUGGUUUGAUAAUGAAGAUAUUAUUUUGAAGGAAAUUAACGAUGCAAAAAAAAAACAUGAUGAAAUUAAACAAUUAAUUGCAUCAUUGCAUGUUUGUUUGGAUAAAAAUGAUGACUAUUUUAUGAUGAAUUUUCUUCAUGACAAGUAUAAAGAAGUUUAUAUUUGGUUGGACAAACCGUUUAACGACAUUGAAUUUUCAAACUUUACCGAUCCUGUAGUUUGCUAUGAACGCAUAUACAAUAUGACAGAUAGAAUGAAUAGAGAGACUGCUAAUUUAAUAUCACAACAGAUUGCAUUAAAUAGGUUGAGUUGCAUAUUUCAACCAAGAAAGUUUCAAUGUAACUUUGAGAGUGAUAUUAUUACCUUUGAUGAUGAUGGAAUUGCAAUUCCUAUAUUAUCGAGCGAAAAAAUAAGUUAUUCAAAUAGCAACAUGGAUGAUAACAAUUAUUCUGACAAAUCUAUUGUUAAAAUUAAGGGAGAGUUGUUUAAUGACGGCAUUUUUAGUAGAAAAAAGCAAGAUAUUCAAAUUGAAAAAUCAGUCUCGUUGGAAAUCAUUCAUAAAGAUGAUGAUGACGAAUUUGAAGAUAAUUCAUAUGAUGCACUUUAUGAAAAAAUGGUAUGGCUACAUCCAAGCAGUCAUUCAAGUAAUGAAAACCAAUCUGAUAUUAACGAUAUAAAAACAGAAGAGAUACCGUCAUCUAGUUCCGAGAAUGAUUUGAAAUAUCCGGUAAAAAAUAUUUCGACAUAUACCAAUAAUAUAUAUUAUGAUUCAGAGACCUUAUUUAACAAAAUUUCUGCAAAUUAUUCAGAGGAUGAGUCAUUUAUUUCAAACCUUUGUGUUGAUUUGAAAAAUGAAUUCAUUAAUGCAUUGCCUAGAUUUGAAAUAUUAUAUUCAAGAGCAAAUAAUCCAUUUAUUUGUAAAUAA